UGAUUUUGUAAAAGUUGGUGACAAUUUAGUUCUCCAAUAGUAGAAAUAUAACUGUCUAAAAUGUUAACACGUGGACCAGUUAAAUAAGCUAAUCAAAAGUAACACUCUUGAAAUAUUUUUAAUCAGUGUUCUUAAGGCAGGUGCACAGUGAGCACAUCAUGAGAGUAUACAGAGACGAUGGCACUUGGUACACACCACACCUCGACGACGACGCUUUCGGAUGGAACUUCAACGACAUCAACAUCCAGGAAGACGUUUACAGCGACAUGAAGUUCAGUGUGGAAAAUCCAGAAAGUGUAGAUCUUCCUGGCGAACGAAAACGACUUACAACCCAAGACAUCGACAUGCAAACACCACGCAAAAGCCAAAUCAUAAAUUUGAUCAAUCCGUGCACGUUUGAAAGCAGAGCUUUGCUUUCCGUAGUCAACCAGUCGCUGCUCACAACACUCGACCCAAGCAUGAUCAGAACAGAUCAUUUUGUACAAAGUAGUGCGUACAAGAUGUACACUGGAGACUCAGACGGACUGAUUGUUGAAGAGAUAGACAACUACAACCGCUGCAAAAACCACAAUUUUUCGCUGCUGAUGGACAUGGUGUUGUCGGAAAAUAAGUGCGAUGUGAAGGCUAUUAGUUUUGAUAAGUAUGGGGAAUCGAACGGUGACGAAGUGGAUUCAGGGAACAACUUCAGGAGUGAGUGGGACAACCGAAAAAUGCAGAGAGUGUAUUCCUUGAAUCAUGACUGCGACAUGAUUUCUGAUCAAAUUGUGAAACUAUCGAGUGAAACGCGGGUCAGCUUGAAAACGAUGUCUGAAUUAAGAGCAGUUUUUGAGGAAGAAAAUAAGCGAGUAGAUCAAUUGAUACAGGAUGCGCAAUAUAUAGGAAAGGAGCUCCGGGAAACGAAAUUCCUGGACGAUUUAACACACCUUCUUACUGGCCAACUGGAGAAAGUUGUACUCAAAGAGGCUUCGUUUCGUAUUUUUCUGCGACCGGACGAGGGCGAAGAAAUGAACUUAAUAAUAUAAAUUAUCUAUUAUUUUGAA